AGAAGAAGAAGAGCGAAAAAAAAAACAAGAGGAGGAGGAGGUAGUAGUGGUGGUGGAGGUGGAGAUAAGAAGAGAAGUUUGACGCUUUGUAGAAGAGGAUUUAAGAAAAAAAAAUCUUCGGGGUGUUUUAAAGUUUGUUAAAACGACGCGUUUUAUUUCCAAAGGUGCGAGUUGAAGACUGACUCUGUGGUGUUUGUUUAGUUUUUUUUUUUUGAGAAAGAUUUCCACGACACAUUCACUUUCUUUUUCGAAACACUUCACGCAGUGGAGAAAUAAUGGCAGAGUGAUGCCCAGUGCGGGUUAAACACCGUUUGUAAAGGUAUGUUUGAAUGGGAAUAAGUGGUGUGUGGAAGAGCUGAGGGUUUGGACCGUCCCGGCUUCCCUUUCCGCCGCUGUCAGGUUUAAAAAAGUGACGCUUAGCCGAGCUAGUCGUUUUAGCCUGACCCCAACCUGGAGGACACACCAACUCGGACUCGGGCUUUAAACAUACCCUGACAACUCUUUUUCAUGUUUACACUUGGAUUUCAUGUCGAAGGCUUGUAAGUUCACCGCCUGACACUUUGAGAGUCCAACAGAACCGACCAUGCCGGUCAGGAAGAAAGAUGCUCAGCGGGCUCUGUUGCUCUUGGAGGAAUACCGGACGAAGCUGAACAACACCGAGGACCGACAGCUGAGGCACUCCAUUCAGCGAGUCAUCGACAUCUUCCAGAGUAACCUCUUCCAGGCACUCAUAGAUAUCCAGGAAUUUUACGAAGUGACCUUAUUGGAUAAUCAGAAAUGCAGCGACCCGAUGAAAGGAAGCGCUGGGCCGGCCUCCAUGAACCUGUGGGAUUUCUCCAGCCUCCAGAGUCCGACGGGUACUUCGGACACGAUGCCCAGCAUCAGCACCAGCAUAGAGGUAGGAAUGAAGUACAAACACCACGAUGAGGACGGGUCUCCCCAAGAGCAGAGCUCACCUCAGCUCACUGACGAGACUCCCGGCCCCGAGCUCGUCCAGGUGGCCGAGAAGAACAUCUCGCAGCUCGAAAACGUCCACGGCUAUGUGGCCCACGCCCACAUCUCCCCCAUGAAGGUCGAGUCUCUGGAGUGCAUCUUCGACGGGCCGCCCAUGGUGGCGAGUGAGGAGGGCCCUCUCCUCAGCCCCUCCACCCCGUACCAGCAGACAGAUGCCACCCCUCCCUCCACUCCCAUAAUCCCCGUGAUCCCAAUCUCGCCGGUCCCUGCGGAGGCCGCUGUCAUCCCUUCACCGACGUCACAGGCGAAUCCUCCUCCUGUUGUGGUGAAUACGGAAAGCCUCGACUCAGCCCCAUACGUGAAUGGCACAGAAGCGGACUAUGAGUAUGAGGAGAUUACGCUGGAGAGGGCAAAUUCUGGGCUGGGCUUCAGCAUCGCAGGUGGCACAGACAACCCUCACAUUGGAGAAGACCCCAGCAUCUUUAUCACUAAAGUGAUCCCAGGGGGCGCCGCUGCUCAGGACGGGAGACUUCGCGUCAACGACGUUAUCCUGCGCGUCAAUGAGGUGGACGUUCGGGAUGUGACCCACAGCAAGGCGGUGGAGGCGCUGAAGGAGGCCGGGUCGCUGGUCAGGCUGUACGUCAGGAGGAGAAAAUCCGUCUCGGAGAAAAUCGUCGAGAUCAAACUGGUUAAAGGACCGAAAGGUCUUGGUUUCAGCAUAGCAGGAGGCGUAGGCAAUCAGCACAUACCAGGAGACAACAGCAUCUACGUCACCAAGAUCAUUGAAGGAGGCGCCGCACACAAAGACGGCAGGCUGCAGAUCGGAGAUAAACUCCUGGCUGUGAACAGUGCGUGUCUGGAGGAGGUGACCCAUGAGAAUGCCGUGACUGCCUUGAAAAACACUACAGACGUGGUGUAUCUGAAAGUGGCCAAACCCAACAGUGUCUUCAUGAAUGAUAGUUUUGCCCCUCCUGACGUCACUAACUCUUAUUCCCAACACAUGGAGAACCAUAUCAACACCCCCAACUACCUGAACCAGCCGCUUCCGCCGUCCUCCUCUGGACGCUUCUCCCCUACACCCAAGACCCCACAUGGGGACAACGACAUAACGAGAGAGCCGAGGAAAGUGGUGCUACACCGUGGAGCUACAGGACUGGGCUUUAACAUCGUAGGUGGAGAGGACGGAGAGGGAAUCUUCAUCUCUUUCAUUCUAGCAGGAGGUCCUGCUGACCUGAGCGGAGAGCUGAGGAAAGGAGAUCGCCUCGUCUCGGUGAACGGAGUGGACCUACGCAGUGCUACUCACGAACAGGCAGCGGCUGCCCUCAAAAACGCCGGUCAGACCGUCACCAUCAUCGCCCACUUCAGACCAGAGGAGUACAGCCGUUUUGAAGCGAAGAUCCAUGACCUUCGGGAACAGAUGAUGAACAGCAGUAUCAGCUCCGGGUCUGGUUCUCUGAGGACCAGUCAGAAGAGAUCACUAUACGUCAGAGCGCUGUUUGACUAUGAUAAAACCAAGGACUCCGGCCUCCCUAGUCAGGGCCUGAACUUUAAAUUUGGUGACAUCCUGCACGUGGUGAACGCCUCUGAUGAUGAGUGGUGGCAGGCGAGACAGGUUACCGCCGAGGGCGAGGUCGAAGAGAUGGGAGUCAUCCCCAGCAAAAGGAGAGUGGAGAAAAAAGAGAGAGCAAGGUUAAAAACAGUCAAGUUCAACUCUAAAUCACGCGAGAAAGGGCAGUCCCUCAAUGACAAGCGUAGAAAGAACCUCUUUUCCCGAAAGUUCCCUUUCUACAAGAACAAGGAGGCAAGCGAGCAGGAAACAAGCGAUGUGGACCAGCAUGUGACCUCUAAUGCCAGUGAUAGUGAAAGUAGUUACCGUGGCCAAGAGGAAUACGUACUAUCGUACGAGCCUGUGUGUCAGCAAGAAGUGAACUACACUCGUCCCGUGAUCAUCCUGGGGCCUAUGAAGGACAGAGUUAACGAUGAUCUGAUCUCAGAGUUCCCUGACAAAUUUGGCUCCUGUGUUCCUCAUACGACGCGGCCGAAGCGGGACUACGAAGUGGAUGGGCGUGAUUACCAUUUCGUGGUGUCUCGAGAGCAGAUGGAGAGAGACAUCCAGGAGCAUAAGUUCAUCGAGGCGGGCCAGUACAACAACCACCUCUACGGCACCAGCGUGCAGUCUGUCCGCGAAGUGGCUGAAAAAGGUAAACACUGCAUACUUGAUGUAUCGGGCAACGCUAUCAAGAGACUACAGGUUGCUCAGCUCUAUCCCAUUGCCAUCUUCAUCAAACCAAAAUCAGUGGAAAAUAUCAUGGAGAUGAACAGGAGGCUGACAGACGAGCAGGGCAGAAAAACGUACGACAGAGCCAUGAAGCUGGAGCAGGAGUUUACCGAGCACUUCACAGCCAUUGUCCAGGGAGACACCUUGGAAGAAAUCUACGAUCAAGUCAAGCAGAUCAUCGAGGAGCAGUCUGGACCAUACAUAUGGGUACUAUCCAAGGAGAAACUAUGAAGUGCUGCGAAGCAAAGUCCAUUUUCCCUUUUUUUUUAUUUAUUGUUCUUUUUUUCCCCUCGUUUUUUUCUUAACGAUUUAAUCCCUGAUUCAGUCUGGCCCCAAUCUCAGUUCACGGUGAUACUUUGGUAGGUGUCCCACAGGGCUGGAUGUGUCGUCCCAUUUCUGAUCUCACCUGCUUCCGGUUUAACACACACACAGAGAGAGAGAGAGAGAGGGGAUGUGGUCACGCCAAGCCUAACAUCUGCUAGCAGGACUUUGGAAACGGUACAGUUCCUUAAUGUUUAAGGGAGGAUACUUUUUACAGAAGAAGAGAUACGUGGACUGAGCUGGAUCCUUUCUUUUCCUUUUCCCUCGUUGUGUAUGAUGUUGAUACAGAGGUUGAAUCUCAGGCAUCGGAAUCAUAAAAUAGCAGAAAAAAAAUUACAAAAGCAAAACUUUGCACGUUAUAGCUUUAAGAGCAUGUUGUCUUUUGAUUUUUAGUUCUCAUUUUUCCUUUGGUCAUUCAUUCAUGUUUAUCAUUGUGGGGUUUUUUUUCUUUAUACUUUCUGUUAAUUGUCAAUAUUCGGGAGCUUUUUUUUUCUCUUCCCCCUCCCCUUUCCUUCUUCAAUCACAAAUCAUUUGUACAGGAACGAGUCACAUGCAGUCAUCAAUGUCAAAACACUUCAUUUGUUUUGGUUGUUCAGUUUUCCAGCGUCUUGCAUACAGAACAUCACUUUUAUUUUCUUUUUUUUCAUGUAGGGAAGUCUGCCAUUUGUAAGGAACUGCCAUUUUAAGAGAUGUCUGUGUACAUCUGUGGCUUAAAAUGCCAACACGUAGCUGAAAGAAAUUUAUUGUACAAUGAAAUCUUAACAGAUAUUUAACCCUCCAUGAACUGCCUAUUUUGUUAUAAUAAAAGUCUAUAGUGAACUUUACUUAAGCACUAGUACUGCGGGAGUUAUUUUCUUUAUAUCAUAAGACAUACAAAGGAACGAGGAAUUUUUCAAAGACUUAUAAUAAUGGAUAUAUAUAUAUAUAUUUUUCCCUUUUUUUUCGUUGGCCUUCUUUAUUUUCUUACACUGACACAGUGUACUGACCGGCAGGAAGUGAGGUGUGUCACUGUGAAGAGCGAACUCUCACACUGUCUGAGCUCUGUCCACGUCUGUGCUGUGCGGAAGAGCCAAGGUCCGGUGCGUUCUGAGUCUUUUCCAAAGCCGUCCAGGAGAGGGCGUGGCUCUGCCUGUUCUUCUCACGCCCAGGUUGUUUUCUAUACCGAGACUGCUCAUUCUACCACCUCACCACCUCUUUGCUUUUUAGGGACAUUUUGGGACUGAAAAAUAAAUCCAUGUAAAUAACCUACUGAUCUGAUUCAUUCCAUUUAUCCGAACAAACCAGAUGGCGGACGGCUGAUUCAACAAAUAAAACAAUUUCUCAUACA